AUGCCUGUCCAGGACAAUGCCAGAUUCGACUUUAUUGUCGUUGGUGGUGGUACUGCCGGCAACGUUGUCGCCGGCCGCCUGGCUGAGAACCCCAAUGCUAAAAUCUUAAUUGUUGAAGCUGGUGUUGCCAACUCGAUAGACAUCGAAGAGAUCAGAACCCCCUCGGAAGCUAUGCAGCUUCGUAACAGCCAGUAUGACUGGGCCUACAAGACAACCAUGAUCAAGCGAGAUGACUAUGAACGUGUUGAGAAACCCAACACCCGCGGCAAGGCCCUUGGUGGUAGUUCGUCCCUGAACUACUUCACCUGGGCUCCUGGAUCCAAGGGUACCUUUGAUAUGUGGGAGGAGUAUGGUGGAAAGGAGUGGACUUGGGACCCUCUCGUUCCCUACCUGCGAAAGAGUGCGACCUACCAUGAUGAUGCCAAGGCAUACGCGCCAGAACUGAAAAAUAUCGGCGGAAAUGGUCCGAUUGAUAUUUCCCACUCUGAACUUAUUCCCGAGAUGCAACCUUUCCGUGACCUCCUCACCACUGCGUGGAAGGCGAGUGGUCAGCCAAUCAGAGAGAACAUCUUCGACGGUGAAAUGGUUGGCCUGACCUAUAGUGUCAACUCCAUUUACAAGGGUCGCCGCUCUGGCAGUUUCCUUUGUGUCACCAACAAGCCAAAUAUCACCAUCCUUGCCGAGGUGCACUCGAAGAAGCUUAUCAUCGACAAUGCUGAUAAGACCUGCAAAGGUGUGACUGUCAUCACGGGCUCUGGCCAGGAACUCAACCUCUAUGCUACCCGCGAAGUCAUCGUCUCCCAGGGUGUCUUCGAGUCCCCUAAGCUGUUGAUGCUUAGUGGUAUCGGGCCUAGCGCAGAGCUCAAGAAGCACGGCAUCCCGGUGAUCCUCGAUAACGCCCACGUUGGCCAGCAUCUCCUGGAUCACCCUGGUGUUCCUUUCGUCCUUCGCGUCAAGGAUGGCUUCGGUAUGGAUGACUACGUCCUGCGCCAGGGAACCCCCCACAACAAUAAGGCCAUCCAAGCCUACCAGAACAACCACGGUGGUCCAUUAGGCUCUGGCUUCCUCGAGAUGGUCGGAUUCCCCAGAAUCGACAAGUACUUGGAAAAGGACCCUCAGUACCGCGCGGCUAAGGCCUCGAACGACAAUAAGGACCCAUUUUGUCCGUACGGCCAGCCUCACUUCGAGCUCGACUUCGUCUGUCUUUUCGGUAGCGCAUUCCAGUGGCACUAUCCCACCCCAAACAAGGGCAACUAUAUGACCGUCAUGGUUGAUCUUGUCCGCCCUGUCUCCGAACCCGGUGAGGUCACCCUCAACAGCGCCGACCCGCUGCAGCAACCUAACAUCAACCUGAACUACUUCAACAACGACCUCGACAUCAUCGCCAUCCGCGAGGGUAUCAGGUAUUCCUACGAUGUCCUGAACGGUCCCGGCUUUAAGGAUAUUAUUGAGGGCGAGUAUCCCUGGGAGAUGCCUCUGCAUGAUGACAAUCUCAUGAAGAGGGCCGUGCUGGACCGCUCCCAGACCUCCUUCCACCCUUGCGGUACUGCCCGUCUGUCUAAGAACAUCCAGCAGGGCGUGGUCGACCCCAACCUCAAGGUCCACGGCAUUAAGAACCUCCGUGUGAUUGACGCAUCUGUCAUCCCCGUCAUUCCCGACUGUCGGAUCCAGAACUCCGUUUACAUGAUUGGUGAGAAGGGUGCCGAUGCCAUUAAGCGUGACCACACCGACUUCUACAAAUAA